UACGUUAUAUAUAGAGACAAAGACGAGCGCUUUGAAACACAAAGUACUGUGCAACAAUGGCUAGAAUCCUUCCUAUCUCAGCUUUCCAAUUCAUCAUAAUCUCCUCCCUCCUGUCUUCCUUUUCUAUGAUCCUGGUUUCUGGGGAAGAUCAUGAGUUUGUGAAACCCAUGGACCCCGAGCUUUUUGGUCUAAAGAAAGAAAAACUUACCCAUUUUCGCUUGUAUUGGCACGACAUUGUUGAUGGUCCUAAUCCCACUGCCGUGACAGUAGUGCAACCCAACUCCUCCCAAACAAAGUUCGGAAUGAUAAGAAUGAUCGACAACCAGCUAACCUUAGGCCCCGAAUCGAGCUCGAAGCUGUUGGGAAGGGCUCAAGGGUUUUAUGCAUCUGCAUCACAACAAGACCUUAGUCUGUUGAUGGCUCAGAACCUUGCAUUUGUUCAGGGGAAGUAUAACGGUAGCACCAUAACCCUGAUGGGAAGGAACUCGCUUUCCAACAAGGUAAGGGAGCUGUCGGUGAUCGGAGGAAGUGGACUUUUCAGGUUUGCCAGGGGUUAUGCUCUACUAACAACUCAGUCGUUUAACGCCUCUAAAAGUGAUGAUGCUGUGGUGGAGUAUAACAUCUAUGUCUUGCAUUACUGAAAUUAAUAUGGACUAACUAGCUUUUGCUUAGGCAAUUAGCUAGCUAGAUGUUUCAUUUGCUAAUAAUUAUUUGUUCGGUGAGAAAUGUAAUGUUCUCUUAAGAGGUUUGCGGUUGAUUGGAAUGUAGGUGGCUGGUUUGGGUUA